UUAGCUUGUGUUGAAGAUGACAGAUUUGUUGAGCUGCUCAUCACCUCAGCCUCACGACAUUAAUAUUCCAUUUUCCUCUCAUCUUCAAACCAAUGCUGCUCAAAGAGACGUCACUUACAGUUGCGGAUCCUGUGGAUAUGAAUUGAACCUCAACUCUUGCAAUCGCAAUACGACAGUUAUUGGGUCAAAAUAUGGAAAAACAAUGAGGAGAGGGGUUCUCUCAUUUCUAUGCAUUGAUGAGAGCAGAUUUACUCAGAUAAGUAAACUUAGAUGCUCACCCUAUUUCAGGUCCAAAAACUCGUGGGGUUUCUUUCAACGACACACUAAACUCUUGUGUCGAAAGUGCAGAAAUUAUAUUGGUAUUUCUUAUACAACUAGUAAUAACAAUGGUACAAGUGGUGCUGCAAUACAUACUGAUGUCAACUCAGAUGCUGCAUUAGCAACACCUAAUUGUUGGGAUGGGCUGUCAGCUUGUACAACUAAUUACGAAAUAAAGAUAUGUGCAUUAAGGCCAUCUGAGAAGGAAGUCAUUAUGCACCAGUAAACUAAGCAAAAUGCUGUAGGAACACACAUGUUUGAAGAAUCUGUUGUGAAGUCGCCGUGUUGCCAAAAAGGAAUGCUAAUAUCAUAAGAAACAGAAGACAGAGUCACUCUGCUCAAGUUUUACCAAGAUGGAUAGUAUACCCUUAUUGCACUUCUUGCUCUUACUUAUGUAUGAUGAUUGUUAAACCGCAGCUCAAAAUGUGUUUUACCUUCAUGUUUCGUUGAACUUAUCAGAGCAAAUGUAAAAACAUAGAAGCAGGGAAGUGGACUCUAAGAUCUCAAUACUUUCUGUAUACGUUAUUCAGUUGAUCACUUGUUCUUUGUUUCUUAGAUCCCUUUCUGCGUAUUUUAGCAGUCACUUGAUGUAACAAAGAUCCUGCCAAAAAUCCUUUAAUUGA